AUGGCUGAACACUUGAAAAAGCGUUUCAAAGACAGUCUGAGUGAUAUAAAAGAACGAAUGAAAGAGAAAAGAAAUCAGAAAUGGUCACGGUUGGGUAAAAUUAGCCAGAUGUCCACUAUGAAGUCCAAAAUACCAACCAACAGCUCCAAGAAAAUGAAGAGUAUCCAAGCAAAUAACAGAGCUCUAGCUCUGGCUUUGCAAGAAGAAAAGCUCAAACUGAAGGAUGCCCAGGCUAUUAUCCUUCAUUUAAAGAAAGACUAUCAAGUUCUGAAGGUUCAGAUGUUUGAUUUGCAACGAAAUCUUAAGCUCAAGCAAGCACAGGGACUUGAGAAUCAGCUGUCAGCCUUGAAUGAAAUAAUUUCAAAAGUUUCGCAGAACUUACUGGACUCAAUUUAUCUCCUUGGCCCAGCAAAGGAUUUGUGUUCCAUAGGUGUAAAUCAGAGAAUAUGUUCAUCCCUUCCUGAAAAAAGUUCCAGCGUUGCAGGACAAAUACAUUCAGUAGAUUCUCUACAGUAUGCUGAUGGAGGUGGUCAAGUCCUUCAACAUGGGAUGGAGACUGAUAGUGAUAGAAAUGAGCUGGCUCAGUCUCUGGCAGGGUUCUGUGAGGAAUCAGACAAUGCCAUUUGCUUAAUCACAGAAUGGCGACCAUCUGAUUUUCCUCUGUACCACUCAGAGUCAGAGCUGGAGAACAUUUCUUCCAGUGGAGAGGAUGGGUUCAGUAACGUGUUACCGAAAAGUGUGUCCACCAGGCGUCACUUCCCAAAGAUGAGAAAUCAUUAUGAACUCCUCACUGGUGUCUUGGCCCUUUCAGAAGCACCAGAUUCAACAGAAGAGCCUUCUAAACACAAUGAAAUUAGACUUGAGGAAAAGCUAGAGAAGUGCAGUGUGGAAAACAUAAACUCGGGUAUUUCUCUGUUGAAUGAACACAAGGUAGGCUCAGAGCUGGUUUUGAGGCGAAGACGUUCUGAAACUCCACAGCUCAACUUAAAAAGCAAUUCAGGUCUUAAACAACGCGAGUGUAAAAGCAGAGAAGACUCUCAGAUAAGGAAAGACAAGCCUCAGGAGGAAAGACUGGAGCAGCCUAAAAAUACUUCCAGACAAAGACCCAAGAAAAGACAGAGUAAAGAGACUUCUAAAGAAAAGUCAGGUUCCUUGGGAGGCUCCAGUGACGCUUACGACUUCCAUUUUGAAGAGUGUGUCCAUGUUACACCUUUCCGACAAAAUAAAGGCAAGGACACAGAUACUGCUGUGGAAGACAGAGGAGACUUGGCUGAACCUAACACCAGUGAGGCAAGUGAUAUUGAAGAAGAUUCAGAUGAUAGCCUAUAUGAGCCUUACAGGAGUAAAUCAAAGAAGAGGAAAAGUUCAGUGGGCAAGAAAGAUGCAUCACCAAUCCACCCAAGGCCGAGGUCUAAAAGGUGUUUGGCACAGCGUGAGAUGAAACUCAAUAAUGAGAAAGAAACUGACAGCAGCAACUCAAGUGACAAGGAUAUUAGGCAGCCUCCUGAGCCUUCUCGUGGUCAUCUUUGUGAUGUUACCAAUACCACUUCGUUGCUCCCUGGCACUGGGAGUGCAACUCCUGCGCCGGAAGGUGAAGGACUACGAUCUCCAAAACGCAAGCGAAGCUGUACUCUUACUGUGAACUAUAAAGAGCCAAGUAUUGCAGGGAAACUCAGGAGAGGAGAUCCAUUUACAGAUACAAAUUUCCUGAGUUCUCCAAUUUUCAAGCAGAAAAAAGAUGCAAAACGCUCUUCUCUGAGGAAAGGAUCCUUGUCAAAAUACAACGAGAAGUUCGUCGGCUGUCGCUGA